AUGGGUCGGAAGAAAAACGUGACGAUCGACGACGACGAGUAUUCUUUUCCUGCGGACGAUCCGCCGGAGCCGCCGCCGUCGCAGGGCCCGGAGAAGGAGAACCGCGUUGCGCCCAAGAAAAACAAGAAGGGCGGCAAGGGCCAGCACAACGCCGACGAGGCCGAUGAUGCUCUGGAGACGGAGAAGCCCGUCGUCGCCGAUGACGCCCUGACGGUGGCGGCGGCGGAGGACGAGGACGAGAUCCCCGUCGUGUUCUCUGGUAAGAAGAAGCCUUCUAAAUCUAAGAAGAAUCCCGUUGCUUUUAGUGCUUUCAAUGCCCUCGGGGAUGAGGAGGACAACGAGGAGCCGGAACCUGAACCGAAGGUUAAAGCCAGAUCGAAAUCUGAGGUUUAUAACCAUGCGGUGGAGGACGAGGGGGACGAAAUCAAGGAUCUUGAUGGGGAAUUUGCCCGGCAGGGCGGGAUGGAGGAUGCUGCACCGAAGAAGCAGCAGAAAAAGAAGAAGAAGAAAGGUGGGAGGAUCGCCCAGGAGGAGGAUGAUUUGGACACGCUCCUCGCUGAAUUGGGGGAGGCCCCGCCGGUGGCUUCUAGUGCCCCACCCCGGGCUCCUACUCCAGCAGCAGACGAAGAAGCCGAAGGAGACGAUAAUGAGGUAGGUGCUGCGGAGGAGGCUGCCUCCAAGAAGAAGAAAAAGAAGAAGAAGAGCGGAAGGACUGUCCAGGAAGAGGAGGACUUGGAUAAGAUUCUUGCAGAGCUUGGGGAGGGCCCUGCACAGCCGGCAAGUGCCGCAGCUCCAGCUCCGCCUCCUCCAGUGGUGGAGGAGCCAGCUUCAGUUCCGCCAGAACAGGCAGAGGCUGCAGGAGAUGAGAAGGAAGAGGAGUCAGCUGCAGCAAAGAAGAAAAAGAAGAAGAAAGAGAAGGAGAAAGAGAAGAAGGCCGCAGCUGCCGCUGCGGAGGCUAAGGAAGAGAAGAAGGAAGAAGCAAAGGGAAAGGGUCCCGAGAAGAAGCUUCCAAAGCAUGUUAGGGAGAUGCAGGAGGCAUUGGCAAGGAGGAAGGAGGCGGAGGAGAGGAAGAAGAGGGAGGAAGAGGAGAGACUGCGGAAGGAGGAGGAGGAGAGGAGGCGGUUGGAGGAGUUGGAGAGGCUUGCGGAAGAGGCAAAGAGGAGGAAGAAAGAAAGGGAGAAGGAGAAGUUGCUGAAGAAGAAGCAGGAGGGCAAACUCUUGACAGGCAAGCAGAAGGAGGAGCAGAGGAGGUUGGAAGCGAUGAGGAAACAGUUUCUUGCUCAGAGUGAGGUUCCAAUAGGUGAUGCUGGUGGAGAGACAAAGAAAAGGCCCAAGUAUGAUACAAGGAAGUCUAAACACACUCAGCCAAAGGCUGUAGAGGCAGAAAAGGUGGCUGAAAGCCAGCCGGAGGCAGAUGAAUGUACUACAGAGCCAGCUGUUGAAGAUGAUAUGGCUGAAGAAGAGUCUGUAUCUCAAGUUGAGGAGGCUGAGGACAACGUUGAAGCUAAUCAGGAGCUAGAAGAGGAUAAAGCGAUUGAAGAGGAUGAGGAUGAGGAUGAGUGGGAUGCAAAGAGCUGGGAUGAUGUUGAUGUUACAUUGCCUGUCACAAGUGCAUUUGCUGAGGAGGAUCAGGAGGAGGGGCAGGCCAAACCUGUAGUUAGAAAAGGUGUGGAGCGUGUUGCGUCUUCAACUUCUGUGGAACCUCAGGUUACAAAGCCUGUUGUCAAAAAGGUGGUUGCUCCUCGUGCACCUUCAAAGAAGGGUGAUGUGGAAAACAAUGAGAAUGGGCGUGAAAAUGUAUCCAGCAGUAAUAUUAAGAGGGGAAAUGACGUUGUCACUAAACAAGAGUCAAAGGCUGUAGAUGAUAAAUCAAAAAAGAGCAGCAAUGACCUCCGCUCACCCAUUUGUUGCAUUCUGGGUCAUGUAGAUACUGGGAAGACCAAGCUGCUAGAUUGCAUUAGGCGCACUAAUGUACAGGAGGGAGAGGCUGGGGGUAUCACCCAACAGAUUGGGGCUACCUAUUUCCCGACCGAAAACAUAAGGGAGAGAACCAAGGAGCUGAAAGCUGAUGCAACAUUGAAGGUUCCAGGCUUACUUGUCAUUGAUACCCCUGGCCAUGAAUCCUUCACUAAUUUGCGCUCUAGAGGUUCCAGCUUGUGUGAUAUUGCCAUAUUGGUCGUGGAUAUUAUGCAUGGGCUAGAACCACAGACAAUUGAAUCUCUCAACCUUCUAAAGAGUCGGAACACAGAGUUCAUCGUUGCAUUGAAUAAGGUGGAUCGACUUUAUGGGUGGAAAACCUGCCAAAAUGCACCCAUAGUGAAGGCUCUCAAACAACAGUCCAAUGAUGUGAAGAAUGAGUUUAAUAUGAGACUUACUCAGAUUAUAACUCAGUUCAAGGAGCAGGGUCUGAACACAGCUCUAUACUACAAGAACAGAGAAAUGGGAGAGACAUUUAAUAUUGUCCCCACAAGUGCUAUCAGCGGUGAAGGAAUACCGGAUCUUCUGUUGUUGUUGGUGCAGUGGGCACAGAAAACAAUGGAAGAAAAACUGACCUAUGUUGAUGAAGUCCAGUGUACUGUUUUGGAAGUCAAAGUGAUUGAAGGUCUUGGAACUACUGUUGAUGUGGUGCUGGUAAAUGGUGUUCUUCAUGAAGGUGACCAAAUAGUUCUUUGUGGUAUGCAGGGGCCUAUUAUUACCAAUAUUAGAGCUUUGCUGACCCCCCAUCCUAUGAAGGAGCUCCGAGUAAAGGGCUCAUACUUGCAUCAUAAAGAGCUUAAAGCUGCACAAGGUGUGAAAAUUUCUGCACAGGGACUUGAGCAUGCCAUUGCAGGCACCGCACUUUAUGUGGUAAAACCUGAGGACAAUGUGGAAGAUGUCAAGGAGGCUGUAAUGCAAGAGAUGAAUAAGGUUAUGAGCCGUAUUGACAAAAGUGGGGAGGGUGUGUAUGUGCAGGCCUCUACCCUUGGGUCCUUGGAAGCCCUUACAGAGUUUUUGAAGAGCCCAGAUGUAAACAUUCCUUUCAGUGAUUUUAACAUAGGUCCUGUUCACAAGAAAGAUGUUAUGAAGGCUAGUGUCAUGCUUGAGAGGAAAAAGGAGUAUGCAACUAUUUUGGCAUUUGAUGUCAAAGUGAUGCCUGAUGCUCGGGAACUUGCUGAGGAAACUGGCGUGAGGAUUUUUGUAGCAGAUAUUAUUUAUCACCUGUUUGACCAGUUCAAGGCUUACAUCGACAACUUAAAGGAAGAAAGGAAGAAAGAAAGUGCUGAAGAGGCAGUGUUCCCGUGUGUUCUUAGGAUCAUGCCAAACUGUGUCUUCAACAAGAAGGACCCCAUUGUUUUGGGUGUUGAUGUUCUUGAAGGCAUUGUUAAGGUGGGCACUCCUAUCUGCAUCCCUUCAAAGGAUUUCAUUGAUAUCGGGAGGAUCGCUUCAAUUGAGAUCAACCAUAAACAGGUUGAUACGGCAACGAAAGGACAGAAAGUGGCUAUAAAGAUUGCUGGUUCCAGUUCUGAAGAACAACAAAAGAUGUAUGGCAGACAUUUUGAGAUUGAUGAUGAGCUUGUCAGUCAUAUCUCGAGGAGAUCAAUUGACAUACUAAAAGCGAAUUAUAGGGAUGAUUUGUCUCUAGAAGAGUGGAGGCUCGUCGUGAGGUUAAAGCAGAUUUUCAAGAUACCCUGAUCUGUGAAGAGGAGCAGUAUUCCUGCUUUCCAGGUGAUCCAGCAGAUCAUGUUAUCACUUUUAAUCAGAGCAUGCAAAAAUGGCAGGAUGUUCUUAUGGGAAUUGCAUCACAAAUAUCUCAACCUGCAUAGAAUUCCAAUGCUUCAAGGUGGAUUUUAUGAUGCUAUUUUGUGGAAAGUUUUGUUUGCUAAGCCGAUGGCAUGGGCUUUCGAUUUUGUUGUGGUGGGCUUCUUCAUGAUUUGUUCGGGAUGGUCUUCACGACCUCAUUUUUUUAUAAAAAAUAAUAUUGUAAUACAACUAAAUUUCUAGUUGUUGAGUGCAUGUAUUGUCCAGGAGGAACUGAAGUAUAAGAAUAUCAGAUUGCAAACAAAUUUGGGGCACCUAAUGUGUA